GCCACUGUCCACAACAUAAGUUAGGUUAGCUAGUGUUUAUCUAAGGGCUUAAUAAAAAUUUGUUAUUAUGGCUGGAAGAAAUAGGGAAGAUUUGUAUGAUAACUACAAUGUUUCUGAAAAUUAUUUUCAAGAACCUGAUUUAAUAACUCAAAGGCUUCCCCUACAUUUUCAUAAAGAAAUGCCUGAGUACACUUAUCCAAAACCCUAUGAAAAUAAAGAAGAUUUUACCAUCAGCCACUAUAUUGGUUCAGGGGUUACGUUUGUGAGUCUUAUUACAGAAAAUUUAUUGUGUCAUCCCUUUCUUGUGUUAAGAAGACAAUGUCAGGUAAAUCACACUUCAAAAGUAUACCAUUUACAACCAUUUACUUUGUUACCUACAAUAUGCCGGCUGCAUCAUAAUCAAGGUUUGACAACCCUUUGGAAAGGAUUGGGUUCAGUUCUUCUUGUGAGGGGAAUGUCUCUUGGUGUAGAAGAUUUAGUGUCAAAAGUAACACCUUGGCCAAAAGAGAUUACAUGGCAUAGUAGCGUAAGGCAGUUUUGUCAGCAUACAUUAUUAAAAUGCGUCAGUUUAGCAAUCGUAACACCAUUUUAUUGUGCAUCCUUCGUUGAAACAGUGCAAAGCGAAAUAUCCAGUGAAAGGCCCGGUAUAUUAGAUGUAUUCCGAGAGGGAUUUUUAAGACUGCUAAAUUGGAGUGCUCCCGCAAAGGGAAGAAUGUUGCCCAUUUGGGCUUUAAUUGUUCCAACAAUUACCUUAGGCCUAGCUAAGUAUUUGUUUUCAAUGUUGGUUAAAAGCUUGACAGUAAGAAUAAUAAGUAUACGACAGAAAAACCGAUGGGAAGAAAUAGGCACUAUACCUAAAGAUAUUAGUAACUUAGCCGCCAUGCAACACAUUAAUUUAACUGCAUCAUUGGUAGCUACCAUAAGUAGUGAUAUUAUGUUUUACCCAUGUGAGACCAUUGUUCAUCGUCUUCAUUUACAGGGAACUCGAACCAUCAUUGACAAUCUUAGCGAUGGAAAGUCAGUAUUGCCGAUAUUAACAAAUUAUAGCGGCGCCCUAGACUGUUAUGAAAAAUGUUUAGCCACUGAAGGCACUGCUGGAUUAUACAAAGGAUUUGGAGCUUUAAUUCUGCAGUACGUGGCACAUAUUGCUUUAAUUAAAUUAACUCAUCUGUUAUUAUCAGAGUUUGGAAGUCUAUUAAAAAAGCCUAAACCAAAGUAUCAACUGAAGGAUAAUUCUCCUCCUGUUAUUUCCAAUGUGACUAAUCCCCCUAAAUCUUACUUACUUCCUUAGUUGGUUUUCUGAUCAAGCUGCUGUGUUAUUUAUUUAAUUUGUAGAGUAUAAUAAUAUAUUAUUAUAAGUGAUAGAUAAAAAAAUAUUUUAUUUUGUAAUGCAAGUCAAAAAAUUAUAACACUGAAAAUAUGAAUUAAAAUCUAACUUAAAAGUU